AUGGCAAUGUUGAAGAAGAAUGCAGGGGCACUGGAGGGUCAGCUGUUCCGGAAGACCAGACAACUGGUAACCUUGAGUGAGCAACAGCUGCUUGACUGCUCCUGGUUGAAUGGGAACAGUGGCUGUGCAUCAGGUGCAAUAGAGCAUGCCUUUGAGUACGUGGAGUUCGAAGGUCUGCAGUCAGAUGCUACGUAUCCCUAUGAGGGCAAGGACGGGAUGUGCAGGUUUAAUCCGAAGAACAGUAAAGCGACCUGCAGUGGUUUUGAAGAGUUGCCCAGUGGAGAUGAGACCAUUCUUCAGAAAGCCGUGGCUGUAAUUGGACCCAUUUCUGCAGCGAUAGAUACCAAACGGAACACCUUCCAGUUCUAUUCCUCAGAUAACCUCCCAGGGGUCUUCAGGAAAGGGUAUCAAGAUCAUUAG